AUGCCUGAACCUCAAGAUACAUCACCAAACCUUUCUCUAAAGGAAGAAGCUGGGAAGGAAUCCAAGGAGAUUGAGUCAUCCUCGGGGUCUCAAAACGAUGGCAGCGAAAACAUUAAACAGUCGAAAAGGGCCACAGCACAAGAUCUAGUCAUUGCUCGCCCACCAACAUUCAAAGAGAGGAUACAGAGGUUCUUCUUUUUGCGUGGAUUAGGCGAACGGCCCAAGUUUAUGCAAGAAAUUUAUGACAAUAUCCCACGGACAAUAUUCUUUAAUUACGAGUUGCCAGCUGAUAUGAAAGACGACAAGGGUAAUCCCAUUAUUGAAUACCCUAGAAACAAAAUAAGAACUGCAAAAUACACCCCCAUUACAUUCUUGCCAAAGAAUUUACUUUUGCAGUUUACAAAUGUCGCCAAUACAUACUUUUUGAUUAUGGUGAUAUUGAGUGCUUUUCAAAUAUUCGGGGUGCCAUCCCCUGGGUUAGCCGCUGUUCCUUUGAUUGUUAUAGUCUGUAUUACAGCAGCUAAAGAUGCAUUUGAGGAUUACCGAAGGGUAGUCAGUGAUUUAGAGUUGAACAAUAGUCCGAUACAUUUGCUAUGUGGUGUUCAUAAUCCAAAUGUAGAAAAGGAUUUUGUUGGACCAUGGAGAAGAUUUAAAAAGGCUUGCACACGAGGUACUAUCAAGACCUUUAAAGCCAUUAAAAAGGCUUCCAUAAGUAUGUUUGGAAACAAACGUCAAAAACAAAAAUUCAUUCGUGAACAGGCCCACGAAGAAGAUUUGGCUUUACACAGAGUUAGUACAGUGGUAUCUGAUUAUUCGUACCAUUCCCAGCAACGAAACAGUGUACAUUCCCCAAGGAUGAGUACUCAAUCGAGAAAUAGAAAGUCCACUCAAUCUAGGCACCCACCAACCAAAGCUCUUCCCAACUCCUUACUUAAUCCAGUUUUGAAAGAGGAAAAUGUCCAUCAUCCAGAUAUGAAUAGGGCUUCCUUUAAGAACAGGUACUGGAAGGACGUCAACGUGGGAGAUAUGAUUAGAAUCAGAGCAGACGAAGAAGUGCCAGCUGAUGUUGUGAUCAUUUCAACUUCCGAUGCUGAAGGGAACUGUUAUGUCGAAACCAAGAAUUUGGAUGGUGAGACAAACUUGAAAACGAGAACAGCUUUGAAAUGUGGUGGUAAUAAUAACUUGAAACACUCAGAUGAUUUGAGUGACACAAAGUUUUGGCUCGAGUGCGACUCACCCAAUCCAGAUUUAUACUCAUUUAAAGGAACCAUCCAUUACGAAAACUUUGAUGGCCAAGGUAACUUGGUCAAUGCAGACGAAAAAGAGGUUAUAACUCCUGAGAAUAUCUUAUUGAGAGGUUGUAUAAUGAGAAAUACGAAGUGGGCCAUAGGAUUGUGUGUCUACACUGGUCGUGAGACAAAGAUUAUGUUGAAUGCUGGUAUAACCCCCACAAAGGUUUCUCGUAUAUCACGAGAACUAAACUUGUCUGUUAUCAUCAAUUUCAUAUUGUUGUUCAUAUUGUGUUUUAUUUCGGGAUUGGUUAACGGGUUGUUUUACAGAAUACAGGACAACUCUCGAGUUUAUUUUGACUGGCAUCCAUACGGUUCUACGGCAGCUGCGCGUGGUGUCAUUGCUUUUUUUGUCGCAUUGAUUAUUUAUCAAUCCUUGGUGCCAAUCUCAUUGUAUAUUUCUAUUGAGAUUAUCAAGACUUUGCAGGCAUUCUUUAUUCACUCCGAUGUCAAGAUGUACUACCAAAAGUUGGAUUUUCCUUGUGUUCCAAAGGCAUGGAAUAUAUCUGACGACUUGGGCCAGAUUGAAUACGUUUUCAGUGACAAGACGGGAACGUUGACUCAGAAUGUGAUGGAGUUUAGAAAGUGUACGAUAAAUGGAAAAUCAUAUGGUUUGGCAUAUACCGAAGCAAAACAAGGGUUGGAUAAAAGACAAGGGUUGGAUGUAAUUGAAAAGGCUGUGAAGUGGAAGCAAAGAAUUGCCGAUGAUAAGCAAGUCAUGUUGGACAAUUUACACAAAUUGUCAAACAACGAUCAGCUACGUGACGAAAAUACCACAUUUGUGUCCAACAAUUACGUUGUAGACACCCUUUUGGCUAAUGCACAAGACCCGCAAAGGAUUGCUAACGAAAAAUUUAUGUUUGCUUUAGCUUUAUGCCACACGGUGGUGACUGAACAAAACAAAGAUGAUCCUCAGUUACGUGACUUCAAGGCGGAAUCUCCUGACGAGGCUGCUUUGGUUUCUGUUGCAAGAGACUUGGGCAUUGUUUUUAAAACAAAGUUGAGGCAAUCUUUGUUACUACUGGUUUACGGUAAGGACGAAGAGUUCCAAUUGCUUAAUAUAAUUCCAUUUACGUCAGCUAGGAAGAGGAUGUCGUGUAUCGUGAAAGCUCCAAAUGGUGAUAUCACGUUGUAUACCAAGGGUGCUGAUAAUGUUAUUUUUCAAAGAUUGGACCCUGCCAAUAACCCGCAUGAAAUGGUUAGUAAAACAGCUUUGUAUCUCGAAGACUAUGCUAACGAAGGCUUACGGACUUUGUGUAUUGCCUCAAGGAAUCUUGAUCCAAAGCAUUAUGAGGAGUGGGCUCAGCGAUACCACGAAGCUAUUGUUUCUAUUGAAGAUGACAGGGAGGUCAUGAUUGACGAGUUGAAUGAUGCUAUUGAAAGAGAUUUGAUUUUAUUGGGAGGAACAGCCAUUGAAGACCGAUUGCAAGCAGGUGUUCCAGAUUCAAUUGCCAUUUUAGGUCAAGCGGGAAUAAAGUUGUGGGUCCUUACUGGAGACAAAAUUGAAACUGCCAUCAACAUUGGGUUCUCGUGUGAUUUAUUGGAAAACAGUAUGAAGCUUUUGGUUGUACGACCAGAUGAAAAAAAUUCUUCCAGUGUGGAAUACAUUGAUGAGUUGAUAUCAAACCAUUUGUCGGAAAACUUUCAAAUCGAUACGUCGAGCCAGGAGGCGAUAGACUCAUUGAUUAAGGAGGCAAGAAAAGAUCAUGCGCCUCCAAGCUCUAAGUUUGCAUUGAUAAUUGACGGAGCGGCUUUGGGUUUAAUUUUCCAAAAUCAGGAUGCUCCAGAUGAAAAGGUAAAGCUUCUCCGAGACAAGUUUUUGUUGUUGGGAAAGCAGUGUAAAUCAGUUUUAUGCUGUCGUGUAUCUCCUGCCCAAAAGGCAGAUGUGGUUAAAAUAGUCAAGAAUAGGUUGAAGGUGAUGACUUUGGCAAUAGGUGAUGGGGCUAAUGACGUGGCUAUGAUCCAGGCAGCAAACGUGGGAGUUGGUAUUGCUGGUGAGGAGGGUCGUCAAGCAGCCAAUUCCUCAGACUACGCCAUCGGUCAGUUUAGGUUUUUGACUAGAUUGUUGCUAGUCCAUGGACGAUGGUCAUAUAAGCGGUUAGCAGAGAUGGUUCCCUGCUUCUUUUAUAAGAAUGUUGUCUUUUCGUUUACAUUCUUUUGGUAUGGGAUUUACAAUAAUUACGAUGGGUCAUAUCUUUAUGAAUAUACCUAUCUUAUGUUUUACAAUUUGGCCUUUACCUCACUCCCAGUUAUUGUCUUGGGAGUAUUGGAUCAGGACGUGUCUGAUACUGUUUCAUUAUUGGUACCCCAGCUAUACAUUAAUGGUAUCUUGAGUAAGGAUUGGUCGCAAUACAAGUUCGUGAUGUACAUGGUGGAUGGACUAUACCAGUCGGUUAUUUCAUUCUACUUCCCGUACUUGUUGUUUUACAAAGCGUUCCAGAACCCACAAGGUAUGACCAUAGAUCAUAGAUUUUACGUUGGUAUUGUUGCGGCAUGUAUUUCAGUCACUGCAUGUGAUCUCUAUGUGUUGUUGCGUCAAUAUCGCUGGGACUGGCUUUCACUUUUGAUUGAUAUUAUAUCGAUUCUUCUUGUCUUCUUUUGGACUGGAGUUUGGAGUGUCAACAAAAAUUAUUCGGGUGAAUUUUACCGUGCCGGUGCUCAGACUUUGGGAACUUUAGCUGUCUGGUGCUGUAUCUUUAUAGCCAUAAUUGCGUGUUUGCUUCCCAGAUUCACACUUGACUUUUUACGGACAAAUUUCAAACCUACCGAUGUUGAUAUCAUUAGGGAACAAGUGCGUCAAGGAAAGUACGAUGACUACCCUGAAGGAUACGAUCCAACCGAUGCAGAGGACGUCGAGAGACACAGAUUACUCACAGAAAUCAUCAAACAAGAUCCCCAAUUGUUUGAUAAAAUGGAGCAUGAAUAUGAAGAGGAUAAGUUUGACCACGAGAAUAAAUUGGAACGAACAUUCAAGUCCAUUAAAAGGAAGACCACUCUAGGUAGCUCAAGGUCGCGCAAAAAUUCCCAAAGACUUAGAAGAAAUACUAUCAAUAACCAGUUCCACAAGCCAAUUUCAAUCAAUGAAUUGAGGCUGCAGAUGAUUCAGACUGGUGAGUACAAUACUGCAAGAAAUUCGUUGGAAAGAAUUAGCACGUCGCAUGCAGUCCCUGGUUUGACACAAGCCGAAACAUUAUUGUCGUAUCACACUAGAAAUAGUAUAAAUUUGAACCGUAACCCAGCUGCUUAG